UGUAAAUAUUUGUAAAUGUAUUACGGAAUUCAAAUGAGACAUGCCAACAGAUGUGAACUUGGUAUCAGAUAUUCUUAUGGUCAACGAAGCUGACAGUUUUUAUCCUGUAAACGAGUGUGAAGUAUUGCCUCAAACGCCAUUUGAAGAUCUUUCCCAAAGACCUCUUAAUAAAGAUGAUUAUAUCCUUGGAAGGUUAUUAGGCGCCGGUGGAUUUGGAAGCGUGUUUUUGGCUACCUAUCUCGACAAAACAGCCGCUGUGAAAACUUUACAUAAAGUUUCCAAAAAUCCUAAAGCGCAGCUUGAAAGCUACAAAGCAGAAUUGAAUGUAUAUAACUGGAAACAUCCAAAUAUUGUGCGAACUAUAGCUGCAACAUGCCCCGAUCAAUUUGAUUCGGGUGCUUGGAUAGUUAUGGAAUAUGUUGGCAAUAAAACUCUUCAAACUAUUCUUAGUGAUAUGGAAGAGGAUGUUUGUCAACAUAGAAGGCUACGCUAUAGCAUGGAUAUAGCUAAUGCUCUGGAAUAUGCUCAUCGUAAUCUAAUUGUUCAUUUAGAUUUAAAACCACUAAACAUACUUAUAACGAGUAAAGAUGUUUGUAAAUUGGGUGAUUUUGGUUGCUGUCAGCGAGUUGAAGCAGGCACUGGGAUGGUAAACCCUAAACAACGAUCUGCUCUUACUGGUACGUUUUCAUAUCGAGCUCCAGAACUGUUUAAAGGAGCAUUGCCAAGUCUUCAGUCAGAUAUUUAUUCUUAUGGUGUAACAUUAUGGCAGUUACUGAGUCGCGAAAUACCAUUCGCUAAUCAAAAUCAGCAUGUGGUAAUAUUUAGUGUUGUCUCCAAAAAACUACGACCUACCCCUCCUGAUGUUGGCGAUGAUCCCUUUGAUCUUCUUUACCAAGAACUCUAUACUCAAUGUUGGUCUGCUCUUCCUGAUGAAAGACCUUCCUCUAAAGAGUUGGUAGAAACAUUAAGUCUU